CAAGAUGGAGAAUAGGCAAUUCGAAGCUAUACAAGUUUAAUCUCGGAAUACAGUGAAAUAAUAGGAAGUAAGGCGGUAUUAUGAUAAAAGGACCUUUAUAUAUCAUUGCCAGAUUUAUAUAUUAGAAAAUAUGUGCUUUCUGAAAAAAUAUGUGCAUUGAAAAAACCAUACAUUCCGAAAGUGAAUAUGCACGAUCAUACAAAUUAAGAGGUAUAGGUGAAACGUAAUUUUAGAUUCUUAGAGUACCUAAGGUUUGGUAAUAAGUGAUGAAUGAUGUACAAUUGAAGGCGCUUGAUUUUUAAGAGAGGAAGAAAUGGAAAGUAAGUGAAUGAUUGAAUUUUCGUAGAUAGCUGUGAAUUAUUAAUUAGCAUAGGAAGCUAAAGCCACUCAUUAGAUGUUACAGAAAGAGAGGGAAGAAAUUGAGUAAUUUGGAAUUUGUAUUUCUUACUCAUUAUGCCAGAUGGUAUAAAAGGCAUUCAAUUAAAUGGGUAGUUAUUAAUUUAUAGGAUUAGACGUUGAGGAAUCAAAUCAAAAACCAAUAUAAAAGUAUUUGAAGACUAUGAAGAGUGAGAAUUAGGAUUUGGAUGAACAGAGAUAUUAAGAUGCACUUCAAAAAGUGAAGAGAUAUUUGUCAACCAAUAGAGAUAUAUAUGUGUCUUUAGAAUCACUAUUUCCAGAUAUGCAAUAAACUUAUUCAGAAUCAAAUACUCAUGAUAUUCAUUCCAGCGAUAGAAGAAAGAUUAAACAGACAGUUGAAUUCGAUUUUAAGAAGAAAUAUGAGAAUCUUUAGGAGGCGUUGCAAUUGUUUGUGAACAAGGAUAUUCCAUUAAAGGAGUCUUUUGAGAAAAGCGUAAUGAGUAUAGAGAGUUUUCCAACUUCUUUGGAAAUGAUAUACAAAUACAAAGUGAAAUUAUAUUAUCAAGAACCUUGCUUGGAUCCAGAAUAUGAAGAAUUAUUAUAUAGAAUUGGAUGUACUCCUGAAUAAGUUUUGAAUGAUGGAGAAAAGAUGAUGAAAAAGUAAUUUAAUUGAAUGAAUUCUAGAAUGAAGAUCUUUUCAAGUAAUUAAGUUGUGGAACAAUAAUUACUUCCAUAGUUAGAAUUAAAAGAUCUGUUUCGAUACAAAUAUAAUUAUAUAGAAAAAGAUUGUCAUUUUAUUUAACAGAAUGGAAAAUUCAUACCAUUAAAUACUGAAAGAUUUAAUUCACAUGCUUAAUAGAUAACAAAAUCCAAUGACUUAGUCAGACAAUAUUUCAUAUAGUAUUACCUUUAAUAAUCAAAUUUUAGUUAUUAUCAAAAAUUCUAAGGAGACUUCAAUUAAGUUAGUUAAGCACUAUCCUCAAACACAGUCACAGCCAAUUUAUAUUUGUAUACCCCGAAUUUCUGUGCUGAUCUCUAUGCUUGGCUUAUCUUUAAUAAAAGUAUUCCAUCAAACUCUAAAUUUAUAUUACCUUAACAAUAUUAGAAGAAAUGCGAAUCUAUUAAAUAAAUGUAAAAACCUCUUUAACAAACACCUCAAUACACUAAUAUACUAAAUGAUUAUGAAUCGCUUAUUUAAAAGAAACUACCCACAAAAAUACAGCAUCUAAGAUCACUUCCUUAGAAUCCAUUUAAAUAAUAUACGAAACCUGUCUUCAAAGAAUUGCUAACAAAAAUCAAAUUUGAUGAUCCCAUAUAAGUAAAGACUUCUGGAUAAGCUGAUUAUUCAAUGGUUGAAAGACUUUCAUUCUCUAAUUUGAAGGAGUUGGUGAAAUCUGCUAACAAUUCAAAAGGGCAUAUUGAAAAAAGAUAUAAAAACAUAUAUGACAUAGCCAGAUAAGAUUGCUAUCCUAUUGAAUAAAUUAAAAAAGAAAUUGUAUUUAAUUCUUAUAUUUUUAGAGGAAAAAUUAUAAGUAACAACAAUUGGCAAACUAAAGAAUGUUUCCAAUGACAACUAUGAAAUAUAAUUAACCGCCAACUUCUGGAAUGAUUAGUCAGUAUUAGCAAAAAUCAACAAUUGAGAAUAUGAGCACAACUUAGGCUAUUCAAUAGCCACCACCUACACAAUAAGCUGUGCAAAUAUCAAUCUAACAACCAUUGUAAACAGCCUAGCCACCAUAAGCAGCUCCUCCUCCAGUAGCUCAAUCAUAUAAUUAACCUGGUACAUCAAGACCACGUAAAACAAAACCAGAAGUUCCUGCUUAAACUCCUUAAUAGGCUCCUCCAGUUGCUUAAUAACCAGCAUCCGCAAAGAAAACCAAUAGAAAAAAGGAUGAUUCAGUAGCUCAACAAGCUUCAGUAACAACUCCUGCCAAUGUUGAAACUUAAGAACCACCUAAAUCAAAAAGAACAAAAAAAUAAACUAAGGCCAAUGAAAAAAAUAAACAAUAAUAGCCAGAAGAUCGUAAAGAUGAUAGUGUUUGA